AUGUCCCACCCUAUCACCAAAUUCCAACCAUUCCCCAAUUUCUACGUCUACCGACCAGGCUACAUGGUCGUUCCUCUGAUUCCCCUCGACGAGCUCCCCUCCUGGAUCCAAGUCGGCGAUUUCGACUGGGGCAAUAGCUCGCUCUACGAGGCUAUGCUUCCCGCUAGCUUCAACUGCUUUCCACGAGUAGGUGAAUACGACGUUAUCUGCCAUCAUUGCUACAAGAACGUCGACAGCUACCACCGCAGCGUGUCUGAGAGAAGUGACAGCAAUGCCUCUUCUCGUGCAUCCGACCUUCCCAAGGGGCUUGCUGCUCAGUUGCCUGCGAAUUCUAUCUUGCUGGACCCCUCGUUUAAACUUGAGCAGCCGCCGUUUGGGGCAAAUUUGAAUGUUAGUCCGUUUGUUGGAUUGUGCUUCUCUUCUCAAAGUUUGGGGAAGCUGUGUAAGUGUCUGUGCUGUUGUCGGGAUAAUCAGAGCGAUCAUGAUACUCCGCAUCCGCCGAACAAUCAGACUCACGAGGAUAACCAGACUCAGGAGAAUGAUCAGGAUCCCCCGUCUCAUCAGGAUACUCCUCCGCCUACGAAUCCACCUGCAAAUUCUCCUCCAGAAUCACCAGGUCAUUCGAAUCCUUCGGUGCAGCUUGAGGAGGGAACACCUCUAGAUGAUUUGUCUCAUUUAGGCCAGGGAUCCAAGGCAAAGCAAGCGUCUCAAGCAACGCAGGCAUUCCCGACGAACGGGACUGAUCAGACGGACCAGGAAUUCGUGGCAUCUCUGAGAGAUCGAGCAGUCCAAAUAGGGCAUGCAGCCUUGUCAGGUCAGAACAGAGCUUCAGAUAUCGCAGUCUCUUCAACCUCUGGAUCUGUCGAAGAAGCCCGGUCUCAGACGAAUGGGGAAGAUGAAGCUGCAACUUCGGGAGACACUGGAAACAACUUCCUUGGGAGGAGGCGGGUGCCGCAUCGAGACGAACCGAAUCGCCGGGGUCGGUUAUUCGAAGGCGACGUGGAUCCUUCCCUAAGAAUAGGGCCUUGGUACUAUUGCUGCUAUUAUGGGAGGAUCAUCGGAGACUCCUGUCUCUACCACCGAGCGCUAGUUCAUAAUGAUUCCCGAUACCUACUAUGCAGUCCUUACAGUACAUCCACACAUCAAAAUAGGGUAUACACCAACACAUACCAUACUACACUACCACUCAAACCCAUUCCCCCCAACCCACUGCGGAUGCAAAAACGGCGCACCACUCGACCUCCUCGUCCCCUCCGACAACCUCCCCUCCACAUUCCCCCAACCCCCAGUCCCAUGACUGGCCCCCUCCGCAGACCCCGAAACAGAAACAGAAUCCCACCUCACCUCCCUCAUAAUCUGAAUCCCUUCUCCCCCACUAUCCCCCUCUCCACCCCCAUUCCCAUCCCCAUCCUUAUUCCCAUUCUCAACCCCCGACCUAACACUCCCCGCAUCCCCCCACACACUCGUCGAAACCGUACUCCCCGGCGCAAACAUAUUCCCGCCGGCCCCAUACACACUCAAGAAAUCAAAAUCGAUAUGUUCCGGCUCAUUCCUCGACCCUCUCUUCGAGAGAGACUUCCUAGUCCGAGAUUUACUUAUCGUUGGUGGUGUUUGGGGAAGAUGCGCACGAGGAGCGGGCGCAGAGGGGGUAGACAUGCGCAGAUUAUGGCGACGUUGGAUUCGACGAAGGACCAGGUUGCGGCGAGGCCGUUUCCUGCUGUUCAUCAUUUUGUUAGUAUGGAUUGGAGGUAUAGGAUCAGUGGUGAUCUGGAACGCGGCAUUCAGACACCAUACUACAUCCUCGGGGAGACAUGUAUGCGGGAUAGACGUAUCCCAGAAGGCGUUUAUGGGGAUGCAGAAGAUCAAGGUGCUGAGGACCAUCCAGAGGCCGGUUAUGAUGACGAAGAUGAGGGUGAGGAUGAGGAGGAUGCGGUAGGUGUGGGUUGGGAAGAGGCGGCGGUAGAGGAAGAUUAG